AUGUACCUUAUUCAGCACAAUGGGCAGAGAAUAAUCGGCAUUAUUUACACACAGCUGAGAGCCUUGUGCAGAAACAGCGGCCUGAAGGAUGGCCAUGUCCUACAGAGGCUGAGGGCUGCAGAGAGCCCUGCUUCUCCUGUGAUGAGAUGCAGGCAGCCUCAUGGGAUGGAAACUCGGGAGAUGCUCAUCAACCAUUCCAUCAAAGCUUUCAAGAAGUUUCCUAUAGGGAGAUCUCAGCAAGAUCUGCAUGCCAUUCACAAAGUGUUGAAGAUGUUCCCCUGCCUCACUACCCAGCUGUCCAAACAGGAGCUACAGCAGGUCUGCUCUAUCACCAUUGUCAAGACUUGGGAACGCAGCCAGUUCAUUUUUGGACACAAUGGGUUCUACCUGAUACUGGGCUCAGUGAACCAUGAAGCCUCCAAAGAAAACCAGGAAAUUCCCACGGUUGGUGUUGAAGGUUCCUUUGGCUGUUUUGAAGCAUCUGUUGAAGAUGAUGGCAUUGCCACACCAUACACUGUUACACUGGAGGCCUGUGGAAUCUUAAAGAUCUCCAACUCUGGAUAUACCAAGCUGAAGAAGGAGAUUUUGGCCCAAAAUUAUGCUGUAUAGAAGUCUUUGAUCCAGGGUUGCUAGUUCUACCAUGAGUGGCACAAGCUUUCUAUUGAGCAUCUGGCCAAACUGAUCCAGCUAAAGACUUUCCCCGCCAGUCAAGUGCUGGUGAGGGAAGGAAGAGUGUGUCACUUUGUGGCCUACAUUCGAGAGGGCGAGUGCACCAUCCUCCAGGAUGUCAGUUCCCUGCAAAUCCCCCUGCAAAAAAAGGGUGGGGGGAUGUGGUCCGUGGUGGUGAGGAGGCGUGGCCUCCUGGAGUCAUUCAGAGAGCUGUGAAUUCUGCAGAACCAGCGCUCCCCCUGCAUCUCUGUCACAGCAACAGUGCUGCAGACAGGAAUCAUCCUGCCCCAAGCCCUUCAAGAGCUGAAUUCAGUGACUAUCUCUCUGCUGCUACAAGCAGCACAGCCCUCACAUGGAAAGCUCAGUCAGGAGGAGAUAAAUAAAGAGUACAUAAGACAGGAGAAAAUCAAGGAGUGGGAUCACAUAAAGGCCAUACAUGUUCUCAGGCCUCUCCCUGUGAGUAUUAAUGACCACUUGAUCGACUUCCCAAGCCUGACUCAUCUUUCCCUGACUGUCCUUGCAUCCGACCUUCUCUCUCUCUCUCUCUCUCUCUCUCUCUCUCUCUCUCUCUCUCUC